AAAUUCAACACAAACCAAAAUUUUUGAUCUGGCCCUAUAAAAAUAAAAUCACUCUCUCUGACUCUCUCUUUCUGUGUCUCCCUCUCUUCGAUCUCUUUCACAGCGGUUUGGGUUUGUUCGGCGGUGCAGUAUGGAUUUUGUAUCCAAGUACCAGGGUGUUGUUGGGCGUGUUUUUAGAAAUGACAAUUCGAGCUCAAAUGAAGACAGUUAUGUCGAGCGCUUGCUGGAUCGCAUCAGCAAUGGUGUCCUAGCUGAGGACAGGAGGAGUGCCAUGGUUGAACUUCAGUCAGUUGUGGCUGAAAGUAAUGCUGCACAGUUAGCUUUUGGGGCAAUGGGCUUUCCUGUACUAUUGAGUGUCUUAAAGGAGGAGCGCGAUGAUGUAGAAAUGGUCCGAGGGGCUCUAGAAACUCUUGUAAGUGCCUUAAGUCCAAUUGAACAUGCAAAAGCAUCAAAGAAUGAGGUCCAGCCAGCUUUAAUGAAUAGUGAUUUGCUUUCAAGAGAAGUGGAGAACAUUUCUCUUCUUCUGAGUCUGCUAGCCGAGGAGGAUUUCUAUGUCCGAUAUUAUACAUUGCAGUUGUUAACAGCCCUUCUAACAAACUCCCCAAAUAGGCUGCAAGAAGCUAUUCUUACGAUUCCUCGUGGUAUUACAAGGCUAAUGGAUAUGCUCAUGGACCGUGAGGUCAUACGCAAUGAGGCAUUAUUACUUCUCACAUACUUGACUCGAGAAGCUGAGGAAAUUCAAAAAAUUGUGGUCUUUGAAGGUGCUUUUGAGAAGAUAUUUAGCAUCAUCAAAGAGGAAGGAGGUUCUGAAGGCGGUGUUGUUGUCCAGGAUUGUCUGGAACUUUUGAACAAUCUUCUCCGGAAUAAUGCCUCAAACCAGGUAUUGCUUAGGGAGACAAUGGGCUUUGACCCUUUAAUAUCAAUCUUGAAGCUCAGAGGAAGCACCUAUAAGUUCACACAGCAGAAGACAAUAAAUCUACUCAGUGUAUUGGACACAAUUAACUUGCUACUACAUGGAGGUCAACAAACUGAUCCUGGAAAAGACACCAAUGGGGUGGCAAAUAAAACAGUCUUGGUUCAGAAAAAGGUGUUGGACCAUCUUUUAGUGUUGGGAGUUGAGAGCCAAUGGGCUCCUGUUGCUGUUCGUUGUAUGGCACUCCAGUGCAUCGGUGAUCUGGUUGUCAGUCAUCCAAAGAAUUGCGAUGCCCUUGCAAGUAAAGUAAUUGGAGAAGACCCUCAUGUUGAGCCUGCAUUAAAUUCUAUCCUUAGGAUUAUUUUAAGGACACCUAGCGUGCAAGAGUUCAUAGCAGCCGACUAUGUCUUUAAGAGCUAUUGCGAGAAAAAUCCUGAUGGUCAGAGAAUGUUGGCUUCAACUUUAACUCCUCAACCACACUCAAUGGUUAAUGCGCCAUUUGAGGAUGAUGUCAACAUGUCAUUUGGAAGCAUGCUACUGCAUGGCCUGAUACUGAGUGAAAGUGAUGGGGAUCUUGAGGCUUGCUGUAGAGCUGCAAGUGUCUUAUCUCAUGUUUUGAAGGAUAAUAUUCAGUGUAAGGAGAAGGUUCUUCAGAUUGAACUUGAAGCACCUAGACCAUCACUGGGGUCUCCAGAGCCUUUAAUGCACCGUAUGGUGAAGUACCUGGCUCUUGCCUCUUCCAUGGUUAAAGAUGGAAAAGCUGGGACAUCUGGUCCUAUGUAUAUUCAACCAAUUAUCUUAAAGCUUCUAGUUAUUUGGCUCUUUGAUUGCCCAAGUGCUGUCCAGUGCUUCCUCGAUUCACGUCCUCACCUCACAUACUUGCUUGAGUUAAUUUCAGAUCAAACUGCAACUGUAUGUGUAAGGGGAUUGGCUGCUGUACUAUUAGGAGAGUGUGUAAUACAUAAUAAAACCAGCGACAGUGGAAAAAGUGCUUUCAGUAUUGUUGAUGCCAUAAGCCAAAAAAUUGGUCUUACUGCAUACUUUUUGAAGUUUGAUGAAAUGCAGAAGAGCUUGCUUUUCACAUCUGCAAAGCCAGCUCUUGCGCGCAAACCAUUGACUCGAUCUACUGCUGCGAGCAUGUCUGAGAUUGAAGAUGUUGACGAAAAUGAGACCACUGAUCAGAAGAAUGAGGAUCACCCAGUUCUUGCAAUGGUGCUUGAUUCUCAGUUUGUUUUCUUUGUAAAGGAAUUAGAGGCAAAUAUUAGAGAACAAAUUGUAGAAAUUUACAGCCGUCCAAAGAGCCAGGUUGCAGUGGUCCCAGCAGAACUAGAGCAGAGCAGUGGAGAAAGUGAUAAGGAGUACAUCAAACGGCUUAAAAGAUUUGUGGAGAAGCAAUGCCUUGAGAUACAGGACCUUUUGAGUCGGAAUGCUACUCUUGCUGAGAACGCAGCAAAGACAGGUGCAAGCGGUUCAUCCCAGCUUGAACAUAGAGGUACUGCUGGAUCAGAAAGAGUCCUAGUUGAAACUCUCCGUAGGGACCUUCAUGAAACUUCCCAAAGACUGGAAGCUUUGAAAGCAGAGAAAGCCAGAAUUGAAGUUGAGGCUUCAACCCACCAAAAUUUAGCAGCCAAACUGGAAUCUGACCUGAAAAGCUUGUCUGAUGCUUACAAUAGCCUGGAGCAGGCCAACUUUCAGCUAGACCGUGAAGUGAAAGCCUUGAAGAGUGGUGGAGCUUUGCCUAUUCCAGAUAUCGAGGAAAUUAAAGCAGAAGCAAGGGAAGAAGCUCAAAAGGAGAGUGAAGCUGAAUUGAGUGAUUUACUCGUCUGUCUUGGGCAAGAGCAGAGCAAGGUGGAGAAGCUUAGUGCAAGGCUAAUGGAGUUGGGGGAGGAUGUUGAUAAGUUGCUGGAAGGCAUUGGAGAUGAUAUGGGAGUUCCGGAAGAUGAUGAGGAAGAAGCAGAGUGAGCUUUCUCUGUAAUUCAUCGAGUUGAAUCAUUCAGUUGACCACGUUUUUCGUUACUACACAUUUUACCAGUGUUUAUCCGUCAGCUUGCUUGUACAUUGCUUGUAACUGUACAGUAUUCUCAUUAUUUAUCUUGCUAAAAUUCUGAACCAAUUUGGAUUUUUCACGUCAGUGUUGAGUGGACAGUCAUUUAAAACGCACAUUUUAUACAUCAA